AUGAGUGUACCAGCCAACAUUACUCUACCCAGCGAUGAGGCACGGAUUACCAUAGACAAGACCGUUGGGUAUAUACUAAAAAAUGGAACAGGGUUUGAACAAAGACUUAAAGACAACAACAAGGACCACAAAUUUGACUUUUUGGAGGAGGGAAACCAGUUUAACGAAUACUUUAAGUGGAAAAUCGGGAGGCAUGAGCAGUCACAACAAAAAGCACCAACUGCAUCAUCAUCGGAAGACACGCCUAUAAUAGCGGCUGCCCCAUUACAGUUCAAGACAAAGUUCCCUCGUGCAGUAUCGAACCUCGACUGUGACAUUAUCAAGCUUACUGCCAUGUUCGUAGCUAGAAACGGCGAAGGAUACUUGACUAAAUUAAUUCAUCAUCAACACAAGCUAGGCAACAAGGCCCAGUUUGAAUUCACCAAGAGCUCACACUCCUUGUACCAGUUAUUUAGGCAGUAUGUGACCCAAUACAGAGCUAUUCUUAGGUACUUGAGCGAAGAGGAGGCCUUGAGCAUUGAUGAAGAUGUGAUUCUGAAUGCGUAUAAAAGAGCUCAGUACAUCGGCCUUCAUACCGAGAAGAAAAAGAAAGAACGCAAGAAUAAGGAAGACAUACAAAAGCAUUAUGCUUCCAUAGACUGGCAGGAUUUUGCUUUGGUGGCAAAGGUAGAAUUUGAUGCUAUUGAUGAAGUACAAGAGUUAGCUGUUCCCCUCUCUCGACAAGACUUGGUCAAUAGAUCCUUGGAGGCAAAGAGGAAAGAGGUAGAGAUGUUCAUGGCAGCACCAAUAAAGGAACAAGAACCUCCAAUAGAGCCGGAAACUGAGCUACAAGACCAACCAAGUAUUCCCAAGGCCGAAACAACUCAACAUAUGCCAGUAAUAAAGGGUAUGAAGAUUAGAGCUGCGGGUGAGUCCAGAUUGAGAAAAGCAGUACCAGGCACCAGCGAAAAUACUAUUAAGUGUCCAAUCACUGGUAAUGAUAUUCCCGAGCUGCAAUUCGAUACGCACUUGAAGGUGUUAUUACGGAAUCCAAGAUAUAAAGAAGAACAAGACAACUUUAUGCGGAAGAAUUUUAAGUACGAGUCGAAUCUCACCACAGACCAAGUAUAUGAGAAUAUCAAAAGAUUUGUGAGGAAGAGACAAGUUCCUGAGGACGCUGAUGAGAAAAUCGAGAAACGACUCAAGAUUGGGCCGAAUUUAGACUAG